AUGGAUAACCGAAAAUGGAGUUUGAGUAUCAUAUCUCUGGUUUUUCUCUUCAUCACUUGCUCUUCAGCUGAUUUCCUCAUUCAACAGGUCACAAAGGACAGAGGAACAACAUACAACAGUUCUUACAGUCUCGAGGCGAAUCUUGGAGUGACAAGAGUGUUGAGAGAAGAGCGUCCAUCGAGUAAGAUAGUGACAAUAGCAAGUUACUCCGUGAUUAAGGGGAGAGGUGAACCCUACCAGUCCUCUGUUUUUGAGGCUGCUGGUUACAAAUGGAGAUUGGUUUUGUACAUGAUUGGUAAUAUAAACGACGGUGGAGCUGGCUAUAUUUCACUAUACGUGAGGAUCGAAGAGACAGAAUCACUUCCAAGUAGCUGGGAAGUCAAUGUUGAUCUCAAACUCUUUGUCCACAAUCUAAACCAACGCAAGUACUUGACUGUCACAGAUGGAACAGUGAAACGAUUCAACAACGCGAAAAAAGAGUGGGGAUUUGGACAACUGAUACCUCUUUCAACAUUCGAAAACACGAAUGAAGGUUACAUUGUUCAGGACACUUGUUCUUUUGGUGCUGAGAUCUUUGUUGUUAAACCGGCUGAGCAACAAGAGAAAGUCACAUUCAUAUCGAACCCUACAGACAAUGUUUUCACUUGGAAGAUACUUCGUUUUUCGACCUUGGAAGAUAGAUUCUAUUACUCUGACGAUUUUCUCGUUGGAGACCGUUACUGGAGAUUAGGAUUUAACCCGAAAGGGGAUGGAGACGGAAGACCAACUGCACUUCCAAUCUUUCUUUUUGCUCAGGGCUUCAAGCAAAACGCAGUCGCUACAAACACUUGGGGAGCGGUUAACAUCCGGUUAAAGAAUCAACGAAGCACUAACCACAGACAAAUAUAUUCUGCAGCUUGGUACCCAAUUGGAAGUGGUUAUGGUGUGGGAGUCAACAAUAUCAUAUUGCUAGCAGAUUUAAACGAUGCAUCGAAAGGGUAUUUGGUGAAUGAUGCUAUUAUCUUUGAAGCUGAACUGGUUAAGAUCUCUGUGACCAACAUAGUUUCUGCUUAA